CUGAACUUAAGUUCAAAUGGGGAAGAAAUUAGCAGUAGUUGGACCAUGGGGAAGCAGCUCCGAUGGAGAUAAUUGGUCCUUCAAAGCAGAAGGAAAGAUCACAAAGAUUUUCAUCUCUCAUGGAGACAUUAUCGACUCCAUCGCCUUUGCUAGCCAAGAUGACGAUGGUAAUCUCCUCCAUUCCAACAGAUUUGGUGGUUUUGGUGGCGAUCCUUCUGAGGUUAACAUUGAUCUUGAGGUGGAAGAGCUGAAUGCGAUUAGUGGGACGAUUGGAUACUUCGAUUCCCAGAUGGUCGUGACGUCGCUAUCUUUUUCAACCGACGUAAACAAGUUUGGACCAUUUGGUAGGGAAAACGGGACUCAUUUUUCGCUACCCAUCUCCAAAGGUAGCUUCGCCGGAUUCUAUGGUCGUUCCGGUGACUACCUCCAUGCCAUCGGUGUUUACAUCAAGCCUGCAUAAACAUCCAAAUUUGUAAUCAAGAAGCUUCAAAACAAUUAUUGUCGUCGAUGCAUGGGCUGGAGUAGUAUUGAAUAAGCACCCUUGUAGGUGCAAUUUCAUAUGUAAUAAAAAAGCUACCUUUUUCUAUCUUUUGAAGCUUCUUAAUGGAUUUAAAGCUUAUAUGA